AUGAGCAAGAGUCCUGACGAAUCACACAGUAGCGCGCAAUACCCGCCCUACAAUCCAUAUGCCUGUAUAAGAUGCCGCCGGCUGAAAAAACGAUGUACGAAAGACUUCCCGAGAUGCGCCAAUUGUAUUAAAAACAAUGAGCAGUGCACCUACGUCGAGAGGAAAAACAGACGACGCUUGCCGGAGCAGAACUUUGAAAGGGUCAUCGACACCCAGCAUGCUGCUCCUCCUGCGCAACGCGACUCUUUGCCGCCCAUUUUUGCGCGGCCUGUCGAGGUCCAGCCACAGUCCCAACCGGUGUUCCAACGAAUGAACGGUCCUUUUGGAAGCUCCAAAGAGCUGUCUUCGUUUACGCCUCAACCACAACAAUCAUUCAUGUCAACACAACAGUUUCUCCCUGCUCCGGGCCAGAAGUACCUGCCGACACCACAGCAGCAAUUCCAGACUCCUGUUUUGCCUCCUUUGCCCCAGAAAUCAGCCCCAUUGCACAACUUGGUGAACCGCGCGGCACCCGGACGUGGGUCCAGUGAGCUCUUUGAUGCGCCGACGCGUAAACCCGAUCACGAGCCCGCGAUCGACCUGAUCCACUCGAACCUGAUCCACACCAUCAUGGGCAACAAAACCCCUACACCACCGCUCGAGCCGUUGGCUAUAAGCAAAGAUCUCGCAUUGCAGUUUGUCAAGGCGUACUUGGACCACAACAACAGGUCAUAUCCAAUCCUGAACGAGAGCGAGUUUCUGGACAAGGUCGCAACGGUGGAUUUUGACUGUUUCUUCCAGUCCCGCGGCAAUUUUGACACAUCGUUCUUUUUCGAGCUCAAUAUGAUAGCGGCGAUCGGUUGCACCACCUUGGAGCGAGCAGGAGUCAUCGACAAGAGCAAAGGCUACUCCAAGUAUUUUUCCUCGAAGUCAAUGAGUCUGCUCACCUCCGCUGUCUCGUUCCAGGACAUCUCCAGCGUGCGAUCGCUGGUUCUCUUGGGGAUUUAUUCUUUUUUCGACCCAAAGGGCCUUUACUCGUGGUCCAUUGUGGGAAUCUUGACCCGGAUAGCGGUAUCAUUAGGACUUAACCGCAAAAUCAGAGACGUGGAGGCGAAGCGAAUGACUCCUGCAGAGAUAGAAAUGAGGCACAGACUGUUUUGGGCUGUUUUCAACAUGGACAGACUAAUCUCUACAAGCUUUGGACGUCCUGUGGCUAUCAGAGACGACGACAUCAACGUUCCGUUGCCCGAGCCGAUUGAUGGCGAAGGGGCCGAGACUGUCAGCGUUACUCGGAACAUUAUAGAGAUGAGAAGAAUUGAGGGAAUGAUCUUGACCAACGUCCAUUGUGUGAAGUCGUCAGAUAUAUACCCCACUGCGGAGGACAAAAACGAGAUUCUUAAUAAAAUUCGACAGGAUAUCGAAAAGUGGUACAGCAACUCACGACUUUUAUCGUCCAAGUCGUCUCAGAAAGGAAACAUAUCUUUUUUGGAGUCCACGGCGUGGUUUUCGGCAAGAUACUACCACAUGCUAAUGCUGCUGUAUCGCCCCUCGUACCUAUUUCCUAAACCUUCGCUUAACAAUCUGGAGAUUCUGGGCAGGGCCUGUCUCCAAAACUUGUCGUUCACAUACAACCUUUACACUUCAAAUUUGCUACCACUCAACUGGAUCACGCUUUAUCGGUUUUUGACAACUUGCACCACAAUUUUGUAUUGCCUGUGCCACUGGUCAAUCGACUUAGUGGAGUCUAAGACCGACAUCCAUUUGUGUGUUGAGAUCCUAAAUGGCUUCAGUGAGAACUGGUACUUUGCCAAACGCUGUGCAGAGGUGUUCAAGACCAUCGACGACGCUAUUCUUGACAUUUCGAUGAGCAGCUCCAAUGGCCAGAUACAACCGGUUGACCAGCUUCUGGUUGACUUGAUGAAUACGUCGUCGUCAUAUCACGAAAUACUGUUUGAGAAUGAGGUCGAUAUAUGGUACGGAGAUGACUUUAUGAUUUCGGAUGUGAAGAAAAAGCCGGAAUCAAAGGCUUAA